CUUUUUCUUUUCAUGUCUUUUACUUGAUGGAACAAAGAAUCGAGUGAAAAAGAUGAAAAUGAAAUGGAAAGAUUAGAUAAUGCAGAAAUCGUAGAGCUCUGAGGGGCAAAAGUUUCUCUGCGGCAGACGGUAAUGAGGGCUGAUGGAAGAGACUGUAGAGAUGACAGUGAUAAAGAAAGAGAAGGAGCCAGAGGGAAAAAGAUGGCAAAAAGAAAAUGAAGCCUUAGCCUACAGUUUUGGUUUGAGUAAGCUUAAUUACAUAUUGAAGGGAUUUUUUUUUUAACCCUUGUAAACUUCUUGGUCAUUUUUGGCUGAUAUCUUUUAAACUUGGUGACUAUUUUAGAAAUGUAAUUUGAAAAAACAAAACUAAACAAAGAGGAUUAGAUAAGUCUAAGUCAAUAAAAAAGUUUAGAAGGGUUAAAAAAUGAUCGCUGAAAAUGAUUUGCAGUUUGUAUUAGAGGGCGAGGCAUUCUCAUUCUAGGGAGCAUCUGAUUGGAUGGAAUUAUGUGCGGUGCAGGGUGAGUCAUCAGUAUUUAUAGUGAGUGUUCCGGAAGUAAAAAAAAUUUAAAUUUAGUGUCUAUAAAUGUGUUAAAAGUGAUUAUUUGGUGUAAACUGGCUUGAGCGUGAUCUCAAAGGUAACAGACAUGGACUGAAAGCAACAAAACUGGUUUUGAUUUUGUGGGUCAUUUGAAAAGAGUAGAAAUAGGCAUAUGAGAGUAUGCAAGUGAGAUAAAGAAUAACUGGUAAGCAGCAAAUAUAUACAAGCAGGAAGAAGUGAUAAAGGGAAUGACACCUGAAUGAGAGUGAGAGAGAGAGAGAGAGAGAGAGAGAGAGAGAGCAAAAGAAAAGCAGGAGGGCCGGCCCACUCAUAGUGACAGAGAGCCAGAGUUUAGAGUUUGUCAAGAGAUGACAGUGGGGAGAGUGGGGAGAGAAAGACUGAAUGAGCUGAAUGGUUUAGAAAGUGAAGGAAUAGAAGAAAAAAAGACUGAAGCAAAGAAAGAGGAGGAAAACUGAUGCGUAAAAACUUGGAUUUAAUAUAUUUUUCCAUCCUCCAGCCGGCUUCCCUGGAUCUACAUCUUGCCAGCACUGCCACGUGCUCGCCACACACACAAACACACACACAUUUCUGGGACUGCCAGACAGGGGUAUGUGGCCACAUCCUGGAUCACUCUCAUCUCUGGAAUUGCCUCUGUGGUCGUAACACUCGUCUGUGUGCGUGUACGUGAGCAUGGGAGGUGUGGAGUUCACCGGUGUGAUAUGGAACUGUCAGUUUAACUCCGGAAUCCUUUAAGAAGUUUCACCAGCAUGGAUUAACGAAAUAUGAGGAGAUUUGGGCAUGUUCAACAGAAACCACAUCUGGAAUUUCUCCUCUCUUUGGGAGAGAACGGACACAUCUUUAAGCUGACUUGUAGUUUUUAACUUCUCCCUAUUUCUGGUUAUCAGAUUCUUUUUUUUUGCCACAUCAAAAGGUCUUAAUGGUUCCUUUGUGAUUGCGACUCGUCCUUUUGUGAGCCCUUGUACACUCCCGUGCGUGUUGAUGUGUGAUGUGGUCAGCGGGUCAGGUGCCGUUGGCGAUGCCUGCUGUGUGCCCGCGUGUGGGGGGUAAGGAGUGGUGUUUUCAGGAUGUGGUAGGGGUGGACUGCAGCUCUCCAGAACCUCGCUGUAUCUGGGUGGCGGUUUUACAUGGGGAUACACCACAAAUAAAUGUUUCGAACCUCCAAAAUGACACUAUUGAAAGCACAAAUGGCAUCAAAGCCAGCAGAGCACUGCCGAGACCCUCACAGACCUGCAGGGCAAAGGGGCGGAGAGAUGGGAUCUCUUCAUCCAGUGAGAACCCUCGGCCGGUGGUCAGGAGCGGGGCAGAUGGGUUGGGUGUGUCCUGGCAGGGUCCACGUACACUGGUGCUCCAUAAGAACUCUCAGGGCUUUGGCUUUACACUACGUCACUUCAUCGUUUACCCGCCAGAGUCCGCCCUGCACACCAGUCUCAAGGAUGAAGAGAACGGGAAUGGAAAGGGGCUGCAUCGGAGUCGUCUGGAGCCCAUGGACACCAUCUUCGUUAAGAAUGUGAGGGAGAAAGGCCCCGCCCACCAGGCUGGCUUAUGCACAGGAGACAGGCUGGUUAAAGUGAAUGGAGAGAGUGUGCUGGGCAAGACAUACUCGCAGGUCAUUGCACUUAUUCAGAACAGUGAGAGUGUACUGGAGCUCUCCAUCAUGCCAAAGGAUGAGGACGUGCUGCAGCUGGUAAGUGCAUAUUCCCAUGAUGCCUACCUAAGAGGGAACAAUCCAUAUACAGGAAAGGCCCAGAAUCUUCCUCCACCACCCCCUGUCCUCUACCCUCCACGUACAAAAACCCAGCCUCCUGCGGGGUACCCCCCCAGCCCUGCCCCAGCUUCUUCACACAUGGGGCAAAACCAGCUGGACAACUGGAGCCGCUGGCCCGGCUCCUCGUCUGGUCCCUCUCCACCCCUUGACAACCGGACAGUAGCUUCCAAUGCCGUCUGGGCAGCCGAGGGCAGGAGCUGUGAGCCGGGAGGUGUUGGUCACAGUAGCCCUGCACACCGAACUGAGGAGAUCCAGUAUGGAAUGACUGACAGGGGACAGCAGGCAACCGGACAAAUGAGAGGACGCUCAUAUUCAUCAUCUUCCUCCUCGGGAGGGAUGAUGAGCCCAUUGCAUCAUGCUCAUCUCGCCAACCACAAUGUGGGGCACAUCGGAGGCCGCAAGGAAAGCCCACCUUGGGCCAGCCCUUCUCAGUCAACAUCAACACCCCCAUCCAGCCGCAGCGAACGCACCCAACAAGCCCUUUCCAACUGGUACUACAGCCAAGUACCAGGUCGGGAACGUGAACGAGAGAGAUCAAAUUCUCGCUCCAUGCACCCACGCCAGAGGAGCUUCUCACAGGACCGUCUAGGUGAGCUUGGAAGGGCCAGGCGUUCACAGCAAGCAGGAUUUCCCCACAGUGCGUCACAAGACACAUUGCUGCUGCUUCAGCAGAGCUCGGCAGCAUACGCCGAUCCCCACUGGAACCACGGAGACUGGCAGGGUGAGCAUGCUUAUGGACAGCACCCAUCUGCGGUGGCCUAUGGGCGCAAGUCCUCCGAAAACCUUCUCGCAAGCCGGUACGGACAUUCGGGACGUUCACUGGAAACUCUCGACCGAGCUGUGGGGAUACUCUCACCACGACUCGAAAGAUCCACUUGGGUUCAGCAGCCUCCAAACAGGACUGAAAGCUAUCUGAGACGUGGUGGACAUUGUGAGUCACACCACCAAAUCCAGCAGCACCACCACCAACACACACCUCAGCAUCCAAACCUCACACACGCAGCGCACCAACACUCAUCUCAGACUCCGCCACCACAGCAGGCAGCUCCACAGGCAAGACGUUUGCCUUCUUGCCAGAGUCUAGAUGAGGAGCCAAUUGGCUAUCGUAGCUACAGCCCCUCUUUCAACCGGAAAACUGGCCGUAUCUUGCAGCAAGCCCAGUCUUUCAGAGACCCCUCUUACACAGGCCCACACCUCUGGAUCCCUACAUCCAAAACCAGUCCUCCAGAGGGGCUUCCACCCUCUGCCUCUCCUUCCCCAGCUCCACCAACCACCUCCUCUAAAACUGCUAUUCCCACACCCCUUGAAGGACAAGACAGAACUUACCGACCCACUAAUCACGACAGAGGGGCAGGGGAAGCGACAGGUGAAGCCCAGACACAGGAAGUGGUUCUGAGGCAGAAACCACCCACCGGCCGAAGGGGUGCGAACGCCCUACGACAUCCACAUUAUGGCAUAGCACUUGACUCCAGUGACCCUCUACUCUUUACCUCUGAUCCUACGGAGCCCCCUGCCAAAACGGAGAGUGCUAUUUCCCAUCGUCGUACGAACGGUAACCUGCCACCCCUAUCAAUAGAGGAUGAUUCCCUCGCGUCGAUUCCCUUCAUAGAUGAGCCGACCAGUCCAAGUGCAGAUCUGCGGGCACGUCAUGUCCCCGCCUCCUCCGUCGUGUCCAGUGGCGGAAUAAACUCCGCCCCUGCUGUGGCCACAAGCCCCGCCUCCCCAACCUUCACCUUUCCCCUCAACCGCCUUUUCUCCCAAGACUGCACAGGUGAUCCCAAGUCUAAUCGUCGCUCUUCUUACCUGCUGGCCAUCACCACUGAGCGCUCCAAGUCAUGUGAUGAGGGGCUUAAUGCAUAUAGAGAAGAAGGGCGGGUCUUCUCGAGGAUUCCAAAAAGAGUUAAGAGCUUCUUUACUGAAGGGUCUCUGGACAGUCUGGGUGCUGCAGAAGAAGCUCGCUCUAAACGACACUCUACCUCGGAGCUGGGCAGCAUCAGCUACAGUGACGUGAAGAGAGAAGGCUGGCUCCACUUUAAACAGAUCCACACGGAGAAGGGCAAGAAGGUGGGUAGUGCCAUCUGGCCUUGGAGGCGGGUGUUCUCCGUGCUUCGGACCCACUCUCUGUUCCUUUACAAAGACAAGCGAGAGGCAGUGCUUAAAGGGGCGGCGCUGGGAGGCGGGGCCGAAGAGGAGCAGCCAAUCAGUAUCCGGGGCUGCCUUGUGGACAUUGCGUACAGCGAAACGAAGCGCAAACACGCGCUGAGGUUGACCACACAGGACUUCUGUGAAUACCUGCUACAAGCGGAGGACAGAGACGACAUGCUAGAGUGGAUCAGAGUCAUCAGAGAAAACAGCAAGACUGACAACGAGGAAUUGGGUUUCUCGCGACAAGCUCUCAUCAAUAAGAAACUUAAUGACUACAGGAAGCAAAGUCCAACGGGUAAUAAACCAGACUCCUCACCCAGAGUGCCUCGAAUGACAUUUCUGCUCAGUAAGCAAGACAACAGCGCACCUCCGCGUUCCCCAAAACACGAGGCCAAAGAUGAAAGCAGCCCCCCUAAAUCCCCAUGGGGCAUAAAUAUAAUGAAGAAGUCUAAAAAAGCAAGUCCUAAAGCAUUUGGUGUGCGUCUAGAGGACUGCCAGCCUGCUACGAACAACAAGUUCAUUCCCCAGAUUGUGGAGAUCUGCUGUGGGUUGGUGGAAGACAUGGGUCUGGAGUAUACAGGGAUCUACAGGGUGCCAGGAAACAAUGCAGUAGUGUCCAGUCUGCAGGAGCAGCUCAACAAAGGAGCAGACAUCAACAUCGCUGAGGAGAAAUGGCAGGACCUGAAUGUGGUCAGCAGCCUGCUAAAGUCCUUCUUCCGUAAACUCCCAGAACCCCUCUUCACAGAUGACAAAUACAAUGACUUUAUUGAGGCCAAUCGGAUGGAGAAUGCCAGUGAUAGGCUAAAGACAAUGAAGAAACUGAUGCAUGAUUUACCAGAUCAUUACUUCCACACUCUAAAAUUUCUAAUUGGACACCUAAAGACUGUGGCAGACCACUCUGAGAAGAACAAAAUGGAGCCGCGUAAUUUGGCGCUGGUGUUUGGCCCCACUCUUGUCCGGACCUCAGAGGACAACAUGACAGACAUGGUCACCCACAUGCCUGACCGCUACAAGAUUGUGGAGACACUCAUUCAGCACCAUGCCUGGUUUUUCAGUGAAGAACACGAAAAAGAUGAAAAGACACCAGUGGACACAGAGGAUGUUCAGCCCGCCCCAAACAUAGAUCACCUCCUCUCUAAUAUUGGUCGGACAGGCCCGCUAGGGGAGGCAUCAGACUCAACCAACAGUGAUUCUGCAAAAUCCAAGGGGUCGUGGGGAUCAAAACGUGACUUUACUGCCAAGGAUAUCCUGACGUUAUCGAUUAUGUCUGCUGUGACCCGCAAACGCCGGAAACGGCAUAACGGCCGUCUCCUCGGGAGCAGCACAGACGACGAUUCCGAGCAUGAACCCGUUAAAUCCUGCAUCUCCGAAAAAGACGACUUGCAAGAGAUGGGGCAGGUUGCAUCCUUCUGCGCCCCUCGAGCGGAGGGAGAAGAAGAUGAAGAAGAAGAGGAGGAAGAAGAUGAAGAGGAGGAGGUUGAGAGACAGAAGGCUCAGGAGCAGAAGGAAGAAGUAGUUCCCAGCAUUUCCUCCACAGAGGAAGCAGCACCAGUGGUGCUGCUGAGCGAAGAGGAAGAGCAAAGGUCUGAAGUGAAAGGUCGCAGCUGGCGAGGAGAUGACGCACGGUCUAUUGUGUCAGGCUACUCUACUCUGUCCACUCUGGGGCGGAGCUUAGCAUCAGAGGGGCGGGGUGAAGAUGCAGACGAUGAGCAUAGCGAACUGGUGAGUGAAACCGAUAACGAAAGCGGAUUCGCUUCGCGCUCCCUCACCCAGGAGAGGCCGGAAAAACCAAGCCGUUCAAGCCAGAACUCCCACACCUCACCCGAACCAACUGCACCGCGCAGUUUCCUCUAUGCACACUGCAAAUCGCAGACGCCCUCUGUUGCCUCUGGCUCCACCCUCGCUCCGCCCCCUCCUUGCCUCACAACCAGUCCUGAAGAUAGCGCAGCACGUUCAUCUACUCCCUCAACCUCCUCUUACUCAUCAUCCGCCUCUCAGCGCCUCCACAGCCGCCACUCUUUUAACUCCCACCGCCUCAUACAGUGCGACACCCUCGCACGGCGCCGGAUCAAGGCAGACAAAGCCAAAGCGCCUUCGAUGGACCUUUCCGAACUGUCCAGCUCCUCCACCACGGAGGGAGAACGGCGGUCGGGUGCGAAUCAAAUCCCUGAUUCCUCUUCGUCUCCUUCCCCCAAAGCCAAAUCCUCCUCUAAAGGGGUUAAUGUGCGAAACGAGUGCACGCCAACAUCCGCAGCCAGUAUAGGAAGUAAGAGCUACUCAUUGUCCAUUGGGCAGGGUUCCCUGGCGGAUCAGGUCCGGGCUCGUCUGAUGGGCUCGGCGGAUGAUCUACGCAGCGUCGGCCUGAGGAAGCAGCUCUCGCCGGAGACACGCCGAAAGAGACGUGCGUGGAGGAGGCACACAGUGGUGGUCUCCCCUACAGACUGUUCAGACAAAAAAACUCCGCCGCCACCCCCCAAACCGCUCGCUUCACCCUUCCCUGUUGAAAAGCAGGACGUUGGAGAGUCCCACCCAGAGUGCUCAGAGACUGAAGCCCCUACAGCACGUCGGGCCCUGCCUACCUCGCGCUUUCGUGAUUUCUUGUAGCAGUGAUGGUGUGUACAGGCUUGUGUACCAAGAGAGCUGGAUUUGGGUUGUGUUGUAGCUGUGUCCUCAGUAUGCUCAUACUGCUCACACAGACAGCGAUUACGUGGUUGCCAAGUACUGUUGACCGCUAGGCGGUCUGUAGAAUACCCAAGACGUGUCACUCGUAUAGUUUUGAAUGGGGAAAAUGCAACGCUCAGUAUGGCCGCUCUAUCGAACGAAACCCAGCCUUCUGAGUAAAAGAGCCAAUCGCUAAUCGGUAAAGUCAGCGCGUCACUGCAGGUACCGUUAGAAGUCCCGGUUGCUAUAGAAACAGUCAGCAUUCUGUGCUGACAGUCAGAGUGCGCUUAGGACUGCGCAUGCGCACUGGUUGGUCUAGCCUGAAAAAUAAGCUUUUUUUACACUAUUUGAGCAAAAUAAACAACAUUUAUGAUACAGUUGUUGUCAGAUUUCAUUGGUGAUUUCAAAUAUGAAAUUUAAUCAUAAGCUUGGCCAACAGUUUCCCCAUUCAAAGAGAUAGGAGCUGCACUUGCAUGCCCGAGAGGCAUUUUAAAUUCUAUUUCAGUUUUGGAAUUUGAACCGAAUUUAAAUUGAGGUAGCAAAUGUAAAAUUUGAAUUUAAUUAAGUGGAAUUAAAAUUAACUGAAUUUCUAAUAAAACUGAAACAAGGGCAUUUUCAUACCUGUAGACUGUUUGCUUUGUUCUGGAACAGAGAUUUAAAUUGUUACAAUAGCCCCUUUCACACAUGCAGACUUUACUUGUAAAUUACCGGUAAAUUACCGCUAAGAGAUCAUGUGAACAGGAUCUUUUAAAAAAUACCGGUAAAUUCGGUCCAGCAAUUAACCGGUAUGAGAAGUUGUAACAUUACCAGUAAAUUGCCGCAAUGAUGCUGUGUGUGAAUGCAGAAUGAAGAUUACUGGUAUGAGCACGUACAAGUUCAUAACGCGGUGACGUAAGACGUCUACUCCGGGCCGAUCAUAACAUUCUGAUGCAGAUGACGCAUUUACUCCGCACUGUGUAGUUCGAUUUGAAGUCAUGUAAUACAAUGUCUCUUGGCCAAAAGCACUGCAUGAAUGUGAACGUUUGACAAAAAAUGAAAACAUCAACAAAAACACUGACUGCAUAUACCCCUCCUUGAGGCACAACCAUUAAGAGGUCCUUUUGGUUAAUGAUGUCACAGAAUUUACUGUUAAUUUGACACCGAUGUUAGAAUGGUGCUAUACCCGUAAAAAGUUGGAACGCCAUUGCCUGUGUGAACAGAGCAUUUUUGUAUUUACCGGUAAAGUCGUUCAGGUCAUUUUACGGCAAUUUACUGGUAUUAUUGUGUGAAAGGGGCUAAUGUUGCACUUUCUCCUUGGUUCGGUUUGCUUUCACAAGGCAACAUUCCACUUAUUAAAAUGUGUUUAUGCAAGUUACAUGUGCAUAAAACUGUCCUCUCAUUGGUUAGAGUGAACUCGUUCAUGUUCCAGGAUUCUGCUCAUCGUAUAAAUAUAUAUGUACAUCAAGACUUCAUUGGGACAGCAUUCUUGCAAUACACCUGUUUCAGAGAAGAGCAAUCACAUUUUAAAAUGAAGAGAUGCUCUUUGAUUUUCAACUGUCAUAAAUAAUGUGCUCACCCACUGAAUUAACGCAUUUCACCUUAUGAAUUAUGAUACAGCUUGGGUUGUUGGUUCAUUAGGUCAGAUUGCAUUCUCAUCACAAGCGAACCACCUUGUUCAGGCUUUCUUAGACUGAUUGUUUUGGUGCGGUUCUGAAUGCGAUCGCCAUGUCUAAAUGAUCAGAACAGUGUCAGCUUCUGAAACAAAUGCUCCAAUCAAGCCAGGUGUGAAAAUGCCCUUAUAGUGUCAUUUGAGUUAUCAAGACAAACAUCUGCCUCAAUUGAUGCCACCUAUUAAAAUUUGUUCUUAUUUUUAUAUACAUUUUUGCCAUUUUACAAAUUAGGUUUCAUUUUAUUGACAAAAGUGGAAAAACACUUAAUUUCCCAAAACAUCAUUACCUGUUGAAAUUUCUUUGAAUUGGAAGUUCUACUUUAAUUCCAGUUCAAAUUCCAAAUCAAUUUCUGUUACGGUGACCAAAUUUGAUUGUAUUGAAUUUCCUUGAAUUGAAAGGGAGCUGAAACAAAAAUUUUGCCUAGCCUUGGUCUGUAUUCCUAUUGUUGCAUAAACAUGAUCUCUUCUUUAUGCAGUUGAGCGACCAAUGUUGCUUUUGCUUACGUUUCCUCGAAUCAUUCUCAAUGAAAAUGAAUCCAGUCACUUUGUCACUGCAAAUCGCUGUCGGUGUGAACAGCCCUUUAGGUUGGCGUGUGAAUACAAAAUAAAAAACUCUUUAAAGCCCUCAGUUAAGUCACAUUUACAUUACCUGCAAGGCAAAGAGGCUUUUCAGUGUUGCCAAAGUUACUGCCAAGACCCUUGUGACUCACAUGCCAUGGAGUGCUUUUGUGUUUUCAAGUCCCAGAUGAACCAAUUCUUCAAAUGUGCCGGUGCAGUAUUGGUUAACCAGUGUUAUCAAACAGGAACAGUGUUGAUAGUGACAGUUUUACUAGUUUUAACAUAGGCCAUUGAGCUUAGAGCAGGUGCAUAAUUUUACCAGUAACUCACUACAUUAAGAUCUAUAAGAGGCAGUGUGGUCUGUUCACCUUCCCACGUGUUCUUCUACAUUGAGUAACGGCUCAUUGGUGAAAUCACUUCAUAUGAGUGUGUAUGUGUGUCUGAAAUUGCCUGUGUAUACAUUAUGUGGUCGAGUAUGUGUGUCAAACGAUUUUGUAACAUUUGUACAAAGCCUUGCUUAAGUUAACCUUGUAAAUAAACAUAUAUUAUCUUUUUUUUCCUUUAUUUUAGUUUAUAUAUGGUUUACAAAGUGCACUUAGGUGCACAGUCUUUUCUUUCAAGAUGUUACUUGAAAUGUUUUUCCUUAAUAUUUUUUGUUUGUUUGUUUUAUACACAGUAUAUAUUAUACAUAUAUUUUGUAUGAAUAUAAUAAGUACUUUUAUUUGGAAAUCUUGGGGUGUACCUGUUUUAACUCCACUAGACUGUUUUCCCUGUUAAUGGCCUUUCUCUGUGACUUACAAAUACUAUGCAGAAAUCUAUUCACCUCAAUGCAAAGAACAGAGAUUUAACCUGCAAAGAGUGUCUGUCACAAGCUAUAAUAAAUUCUUAUUGCAGAGCAUAUUUCA